CGUCACUGCCUGCCAGUCAGAUUUGGGGGAAAUAAGUUUCACUUUCUCAGUGGGAUUCUGGAACUGUUGAUUCCUAGAAAGCCGAGACGUAAAGAAAGAAGCAGCGACUUAGAGGAGACCAAAGAACCGUCGUACCAGCUGUUAGGUCAAUACUUCCACAGGAAGAGGGAUUGGACAUUAAACCAUCAGGAUACUAGAAAGAGGAGGCCGUGUAGCCCGUCUUUUCAGCCCGUCUUGGAGUCUUCCCUUUCCUUCCUCUUCUUCGUGGCCGGUGUUGCCCUUAGGUCAUCUCAGCCAAGAGCAAACAGGUUUCUGGCCCUGUGACUGGUCCCUCUCUGAUCCUGAAGGGACUCUCUCUCUCUCUCUCUCUCUGUGUGUGUUGAAGAAUCUGAUCUCCAAACUGCAAAGUUUUUAUCUCCGUGAAGUUGAACCAGAGAAAGUACGAUGGAACUGCCGCUCUCCAUAUUAAUAACAGACCCCUGUUGCGAGUCAAGUAGAAGACCAAAGACACACAAGAAGCAUGUGGUCCGGUGAAGGAGAGGUUCAGGUGACAGCCCGGAUGGAGACCACCCCUGCCAUGGGCGUCCAUAGUAUCUCUGUUUCCCAGAAUCAGACCCCUAAGAAGUUUGGCCCUGUGGUGGCCCCGAAGCCCCAAUUCAACCCCUACAAGCUGGGAGACCCCAUUGACCCUGCUGGAGGGGACUACCCCCCACCACCUCCGCCACCUGCUGACGACCAAGGCCUCCCAUCCCUCAUGUCCUUGCCCCCCCCUCCAUCCAUGGACAGAGAAUACCAGAAGUGCGGGCCACGGAAGACUCUGGAGGAAAGGCGUUCCAGUCUGGAUGCUGAGAUUGACUCUCUAACCUCUAUCCUGGCUGACCUGGAGAGUAACUCACCUUACAAGCCCCGCAAUGCACAGAACUCUGCGACUCUUCCAUCUGUGACCAGUCCCAAUGCUCCGGUCACCGGCUACAAGCGUAUGGUCAUCCCGACUCAGCCUCCUCUGACAGCCACUAAGAAGUCCACUCCCAAGGCUGGGGCCCCAGGUGGAACACUGCCCCGACCCCAGGCAGAGCACUCCUCCUCCGCACCCACCUCCUCUGCCUCCCCAGUGGCCAGGCCUCAGUUCCAUACGUUGCCUCAGCCAGUCCCAGCCACCUACGCCACAGCCUCCACCCACAGCCAGCCCACCUUCAAUGUACAGGUGAGGUCUGCCCAACCCGGGCCCCAGCACCAGUCCCCAGGACCCCCCCAGCAGUUUGCCCAGCAGCCUAUCCGGAGCCCAGCCCAGGUCCAGUACAUGUCUGCUCAGCCACGAGGCCCUGACUUGGCCUACGGGCCUCCUCAGCCAGGCUUCGCCCCUCAGCCAGACUUCGCCCCUCAGCCAGGCUCUGCACCACAAGAGCAGGCCUACCCUGGCCCAGGAGGGUACGGGAGAGAACCAGGAAACACCUGGAGUCCCCAGCCUAGCUAUGCUGCUGCUCCUACCCAGCAGGCCUACCCUGGCCCAGGAGGGUACGGGGGAGAACCAGGAAACACCUGGAGACCCCAGCCUAGCUAUGCUGCUGCUCCUAGCCAGCAGGGCUACCCACAACCUGUCCCUAAGAAGACCUACAUCACAGACCCUCCUGCCAGCCUGGCUCCUCCUGCACACCUCGCCCCACAGAAGGCUCCCAGCAUCGCCAGGCCUGAGGAAGAGCUGGAGCGUCUCACCAAGAAGAUGCUUUAUGACAUGGAAAACCCUCCGGCUGAGGAGUACUUUGGGCGAUGUGCCAUCUGUGGGGAUAAUGUGGUGGGUGAGGGUACCGGCUGUACCGCCAUGGACCAGGUCUUCCACGUGGACUGCUUCAUCUGCAUGACCUGCAGUGGCAGGCUGCGCGGUAAACCCUUCUACGCCGUGGAGAAGAAGGCCUACUGCGAGCCCUGCUACAUCAACACCCUGGAGUCCUGUAACAUCUGCAGUAAACCCAUCAUGGAGCGUAUCCUGCGGGCGACAGGGAAGGCCUACCACCCCCACUGCUUCACCUGUGUGGUGUGUCAACGCAGCCUGGACGGUAUCCCCUUCACCGUGGACGCUGCCAACCACAUCCACUGCAUCGACGACUUCCACAAGAAGUUUGCCCCUCGUUGCUGUGUGUGUUCAGAGCCCAUCAUGCCAGCUCCAGGCCAGGAGGAGACUGUUCGUAUCGUGGCCUUGGAUCGAGACUUCCACGUGCAGUGUUACCGCUGUGAGGACUGUGGCUCUCUGCUCUCUGAAGGGGACAACCAGGGCUGUUACCCUCUGGACGGCCAUGUCCUCUGUAAGAGCUGUAACACCAGCCGUAUCCAGGACCUGACCUUCAAAUCCACCACUGACCUCUGAACCCCAAAUACGCUGCGGUUCUCGCUAGCUGCUCCCCUAGCCCUGCCUACCGCCUGGCUGGCUGACUUCAGCGCGCGCACACACACACACACACACACACACACACACACACACACACACACACACACACACACACACACACACACACACACACACACACACACACACACACACACACACACACACAUAGCGGCGCACACACACAUAAAGAGGCACACACACAUACGUAUACACACACUAAGCCAGCUUCUCGCUUGCACCCACACCUAUGAACAUUAUAAAAAAAAAUAUGAAUAUUAUGAAAUUGCUAAGCAACGAUGUGAUGUCCCUGAAAUGAUGCCGCUCUCGGUACAAGCAGCACUGAAGAGGUGGCCUGAUGUCUUAUCCUUACAACUGUAUCGUCAUCGUGUAUAGACCUCCAAAAAUGUACAUGUUUUCCCUUGUAGUCAUUUAGCGGCAGACACUGUUAUUCAGAGAGACGUACAGAGGCCAGAUAAACCUCUAGUUCCAUGGCCUCGGCGUUGCUGCUUGUUGCCUUGUCGUUGAUGGAGUCUAGCUAGACUGGCGGGUCAGUCUGUCUCAGGACUUGGCAUCUCACGUUGUCACCUACAGGUAUACGUUAGCGGCAGUAGGCCUAGGUCAAGAAGACCAAGUCGUUCAUUCCGAUGUGCUCCUGAUGACUGUUCUGUUCCUCCUUGGAUGUGGCCCAAAUUGUUCCCUACAGAGGUCAUAACGGACCAAUAGGCCUCUGAUGCACAUGUAUUUCACUACAUAAGGAAUAGAGUGUUGUUUGGCGAAUGACUGACUGCCUCUGGUCUGUUUCAACACAGUGUUUAAACCUCAAGUUGAUGUCUGUGCCCCCAGCCAAAAUCAAAUGAACAUAAUAAACAAAAUCUGUCUGUUUAAGAAAGACA